AUGCUUACUCAGUAGAAUGGUAUCUAAACAUUAUACUCCAUAAAGAUAAGUAAAACUUAAUUCACUCCGACUAGUCCCAGCCCUUACGCUCUUGUAGCAGAAAAAUUUUAAUACAAAAAUUUUAAAUCCUCAAUUAUUUCUUUUGCAAGAGUUGCUUAAUACGGUGAUUAAUAUUUUUUUGCUGGAAGUUUCUUAGAAUCUGGAAGAUAUUUAGGAUUUGUCACUUCAUCAAAAAAUGAGUUUUAAUGCUAUAGUUUACUUUCAUUAGUAACUUCACCUUUACUUAGCGAAACUUUUGGUUCAAUGAUUAGAUGGUAUCAAAAUUCAACAAAUGUUGAAUUGUAACCAAAUGUGAAAAACUACACUAUAGUAGAUCUAAAAUUCAAUCAAGAUUUGUAUGAAUUCUAAAUAUAGCUUUUCGAUUCUGAUCCUACUAAUACUUGCACAAUUAAAAUUGGGAACUAUUCAAUUUCAACUUGUACUGAUGCUUACAAGAUAACUUUUGAUUUAAUCGACCUAGGAACAAAUGAAUUGAUAAGUGAUCCUGCUUUGUCUUGGCCUCUGGUAUAGCCUUCAAUGAAUUGUUCCUAUUGUGUAAAAUAUCUUCAAUAUACACUAAUAAGUCUUGAAAAUGUACAUGUUUUCUUUUUAUCUUACAAUAAUGAGACAGGAUAUUUCAGAAUUUUCACUGAAACACCUGAACUUAAAAAUACUUAUCACAAAAUUACCUUGCAAGUGAAAGCGAUAACCUUAAAUAAUUAUGAUUAUGAGGAGUUAUAUAUGCUUAAAGAAUUUAAAGUCACACUAAUGGAAAAAGAGGUAAAGAAUAAUAAUCCCUAUUUUGCUGUCGAUCUCUUUGAUUAGUAUGGUAUGAGUGGUAGUACUACUUAAUACACUCUACCUGAAGGUUAAGAUAAAGAGAAUAAUCCUUUUACCAUAAGCUAUGAAGUUUCAAGUAAAGCAGCUUAGAAAUUCACUAAAUUAGAUGGAAAUACGUUUACAUUCUCACCAAGUAAAAUUGAGUAUGGCCAAUUCGAGUAUUAAGUAAUACUUUGA